AGAAUCCCUUAGCAGUGUCGGAGGAGGAGGAGGAAGGGAAUUCCUCCCAGGCAGCAAUGGCUGAAGAGGUGGAGAGGAAGCCGGUGCUUGAGAUGUGUGGUUUGGAGAAAGGGAGUCAAGAAGGAUGUUAAUAAAUUGAAGAGCGUUCAGCGAAGAGCCAUGUGAAUGAUUAAAGGAUUAGAAAACCUGCCUUACAGUGAUAGACACAAGGUCCAGGCAGAUGGGACAGAUGGAAACUGCGUCACAUUUGUGUUACAUGAUGAGGACCACACAUUUGGCAACUCCCUCCGUUACAUGAUCAUGAAAAACUCUGAAGUGGAGUUUUGUGGUUACAGCAUCACCCACCCAUCUGAAAGCAAAAUCAACUUCCGGAUCCAGACCAGAGAAGGGGGGAUCCUGGCCAUUGAGCCAUUCCGGAGAGGACUGACAGAACUGAUGGACGUCUGCCAGCACGUGCUUAGCAAGUUUGAGGCGAGCGUAAAGGAAUACAAGGCCCAAAGAGAGGCGGAAAUGGACUAGCCCCUGCAGCUGCUGGAGUACGGAAUGGACAUGUAUAUAUUGUUCAUUUAUGUUUAAUGCCCCUGUUGAAAGAGGUUUUAUUUUUUUAUGACAAACUUGAAGCAAACUGUGUAAUUUCUCUAAUAAAUGCUGUAAGGUUCA